AUGAUCGAGGAGAGACAUACACUUUCUGCAGUGGCACGAGAUCAUGAAAUUCUAGUUUUUGGAGGUUAUAAUUGGCAAAUUCGAACAAUUUUAGACAUUUGUGAGGAAUUCCAACCUGCAACCAAUGCGUGGGUAGAGCAGCCCCCAAAGCCAACACCUAGGUAUGCCACAGGAGCAGCACAUAUCCCCGGUGUUGGUGGAUGGACAAAUACUGGAGAUGAAAGAACGCCUAUCAACAACGCAGAAAUCUUCUUGACAACUUCAUCGUCUCUUGCGCAUGCAGGCAGUUGA